GGUCAGCCAGGAGACACGCGCGUGGGCAGGUCACAACACUUCCCUCCCUGUAAGGUGUAGCUGUCUUGUCUGCCCUAUGAAGCGUGAAGGCUCCAGUGUCAGGAUGAUAGAGCCAGCACAUGCACAGCUACGUUGUUAUAAAGCAUUCUCCAAAAAUCGCAGAAACACACUUUUGACUGAACAACAUGUACAGUUCAGGCAUAUGCAGCCUGACUACUCCCAGUUGCAGUUGAGACCAAGUUGCAAAGAAAAUAAAAGAAUGACAGUCUUACAGGACAUUAAGCCCGGUGAGGUGUCAGUUAAUUAUGAUGAAUUGAAAAAAAAAGAAUUGCUUGAUAAACAUUAUAAUUUGAAAAGCAGUGGAAAUUUGUUUGAGUGUCAUCCAUCGAUAUCAAAGACCUGGGGAUUUUGUAAAAAGCAGUUGAAAGACAGGAAUACUCCUGGGGAUUUUAAAAUGGAACCCAAUUAUGAAAACAUAGUAUCAUCCCCAGAACCCCGUGAGUGCUUAUGGUCUGAGGAAGAUUGUCACAAAUGGAGAACUGCAAGGGAAGAAAAACUUGAUGGAAAAUUGGAGGAAGGACAGUUUGAUUUGUUAAGUGUUAUCGAGUGUGAUUGGGGAACUUAUUCAUUCAAACAGAACUUGAAAUGUGAAUUGAAAUCCAGUCUAGAUUCUGGUAACAAAACAAAAACUUUGCAGCCCACCUCAUCUUGCCAGGAAAGUGUGGUUGUUUUGGAGUGUUUGCCUGCUCUCCAGAAUGUGCUUAAUAUUGAAAUUGUUACAAAUAAAAAAUUGAAGCUCUACUACAAAGAGAGGUGCAAGUAUGUCUACUUGAACUCGCCAGCUCUUUUAAAAAGGAAAUACCUUAAAACCUGUCACUAGACUCCUAUGGUAUUAUUUGCAAGGUCAUUGAUGCUGAGGACUCCAGCAUCUACGCCAGCCGUGAGGUCAACCCUGGAGAAUUGAUCCGUCAGGAUGGACUACCACACCACACCCUGGGCACACAGGGUGUGGUGUGAGUUAAAGUUGCUGACUUCUGGGAUGACAUCAACACCAACUCUUGCAACCGAACUUGACCAGUCCCUGAACUGGGGAUGAAUGGGAACAUGCCAAUCGGUCUCAUAGGUCCAGGGACAAAAUCCAAGAAGCCAGCUGUAACACCAAGCAGACCAGAGAUAAGUAGCUCAUCUAGAAAGUGGGACAGGCAGUUAAGUAACUGAAGUCUGCACGGUCCUGAAUGUUCCACAGGUUUGACAAGUUCCACUUGGGGAUCGGGAACAAAUAGGACAACUACCGCAGAGUGGGGGUUAACCCGACGACUACAGCAUCCAACCACUGCACAUUGGCGGAUAGGAACUGUGGGUUAGACACCUAGUGGCACUCAGCCCCUAUCAGCGGGUUAUCUGUCUAAUGACCAAGUGGAUUCCUUCAGGGUCUCUUAUUUCUGUAUUUUGAUUUGUUAGUUUGUUUUGGUCUUACUCUGCAUUCUUGGCCUUCUCUUAAUCUAAGUGAUCUUAACAGGCGGCCAGGUUUUGGCUUCAAGUGUGGAAGGUUUACAACAACUCGGAAGGGCCUGGUGUGAAUCAAAUUGGACUUUGUUCCGUGGGAGCCAUUUACUCAGUGUCUCGGCCUCAACAUCAACCCUCAUGUAUCUCGGCCUCAACAUCAACCCUCAUGUAUCUCGGCCUCAACAUCAACCCUCAUGUAUCUCGGCCUCAACAUCAACCCUCAUGUAUCUCGGCCUCAACCCUCAGUUAACAUCACUAAACUCGCCUAAACGUGGUGAGUACUCAUAUUAAAUAGUAUUUAUUGUCACUAAUAUAAUAUUUUGUGUUUUGUUUAAAGUAUCUAUGAAGCUAUAAUGCAUUAUGUACUUGUGUACAUAAAACUAUUAUUUUUGGUGGCUGGGAGGAUUCAACCAAAUGUCUUAAUUAAAGAGUACAUAUCCAAUCACGAUUGGAACCGAAGUAACUGGAUUGGAGGAUGUCAAGUGGUCUAGAAAAUUACUUUUCUCGUUUGGUUCAUUAAUCUGAAUAUUAUAUUAUUGCUGUACUGUAAUUCUAAUUUUGUGAAUUUGUUACAAAGACUUCUUUAGUUUUGCCUACAGCAAUAAGUUUGAUCAUAAAAUAUGGAAAUGGAUAUUACAUGAAAUGUCUAUUUACAUAUACAGUAUAUUUGUUUGAGUUGUAUAUCAACCCAUCUUCCUGUUUAGAUAAUAGGUACACUAAUGUGACGAUAGUCAAUAGUCACGAAUUUGUACGUACUUAGCUUUUAGAUAGUAUUAUACUAACUUGUAAGGAAUUCUUUUAAAAUAAAUGAAGCCAAAAAACAAACUUGAGUAUUCCUAGGCCUAGUAUAGCACACAUUUACUAUGUUAGGCCUCAUAUAUUGUGCAUUAGGCCUAGGAGGUUAGAUUAGUUACAAAAAGCAACAGAAGUUGAAAAUUAUUAGUUUUUCGAUUUGUCCAACUCAAUAGUUUAGAUUUCUACAUUCUAAUUUUGUUGUACGACGGUACAGUAUAUAUAUACUAUGGUCCUCAUCAUUACUAUAAGUACUGUACUACCAAAACUGGAGGAUUGGGGAGAUUAUAUUUAUAUAAUAU